AUGUCAGCAGGCUAUAUUGGUCAGGCGGGUUGUAUUGAACGUAAUGCAAAACGGGAACGUUUCCUGGGAGAGGUUCAGUUGAGGACAGGACGAUUUUCUGGUGUUGGUUCAGACGGAGUAUCAGCAUUUGUGAUGGAGGGAGAUUCAGUCACUCUACACACUGAUGUUAAAACAAACCAACAAGAAGAUAUUAAAUGGUAUUUUAAUGACAUUCGCAUCACUCAAAUCACUGGAGAUCUCAGCUUUAUCUGUACAGAUGUUCAGUGUAAUGAAGGUACUGAGAGAUUCAGAGACAGACUGAAGCUGGAUCAUCAGACUGGAUCUCUGACCAUCACAAACACCAGAACCACAGACUCUGGGCUUUAUGAAUUAAAGAUCAUCAGCAUCAGAAGCAGCAGUGAAAAGACAUUCAGUGUUACUGUUCAUGAUGUUCCUGCUGCAGAACGAGAUAAAAUGAAGACAAAGUUAGUGAAGGAGGGAGAAUCUGUUACUUUAGAUCCUGGUGUAAUGAAAAACCCAAAUGAUUUGAUGACGUGGUAUUUUAAUGACAUUUGCAUCGCUGAAAUCACUGGAGAACCCAGAAUGAUCUGUACAGAUGGUGAUGAGAGAUUCAGAGACAGACUGAAGCUGGACAAUCAGACUGGAUCUCUGACCAUCACAAACACCAGAACUACAGACUCUGGACUCUAUAAACUACAGAUCAUCAACAGCAGAUUCAGCAUCAUAAGGAGCUUCAGUGUUAAUGUCACUGUUCCAGGUCUGUCUGCAGGUGAAAUAGCAGGAAUAUGUGCUGCUGCUGUCCUGCUUAUGGCUGCAUCUGUUUGUGUGUUUUAUAUUUACAAGCGUCGAGUAAAAAGGAAAGACACCAGGACACAGAACAGUAAUCAGACACCAGGACACAGAACAGUAAUCAG